CGCAACGCGUUGAUGCCCUGCCGCGCUUUAUAAAUUAUCAGAAAUUUCUGAGAGCGUGAAAGGGAUCGAUAUACCUAGUGUGGUGUUUAGAAAUUACCAAAAUCUGUUAAACUGCAAUGACACGUUUUUAGGUGGAAGAAAAGAAAAGAGAAAAAAAAGUCCUACGCUCGGAGGGUUUUGCUUGCCGUGCGCAAUUGAUUCGAACAUCCUGUGCAUUGACUGACCAGACAUUGUGCUCUCGUCUUGGUCCAGAGGGACUUUGGCUAUUAAAGAAAAACAAAACAAAGAUGGAGGACAAACGCAAGAAACGGAGCCCGAAGGUGUCUCUCCCCCAGCCUCCUCCUCCCCCCAUAAACACCCGCAAGCUCUCUGUCCUGCCUGCGAGCAAAAGUGCCACCUUCUCUCUUGGCCUGCCCCAGCCUCCUUCCCCCAAGAACAGAGGCAAGUACAAGAGAUCCAUAGGAGCACCGGGACAGACUAAAGAGGUUCUCGCUGCAGUUGUGGCCCCACCAAAGACCACCAGGCCCCAUAAGGAGAAGCCCAGGGCCCCACAGCCUGCAGGUCCAAGUAAAGUAGCCCAGUCUUCCCCCUUGCAGCACUCCUUUCUCACGGACGUCUCAGACGUGAGGGAGAUGGAGGGAGGGCUCCUCAAUCUCCUCAAUGACUUCCACUCAGGCAAACUACAGGCCUUUGGCAAGGUGUGCUCCUUUGAGCAGCUGGAGCAUGUGCGCGAGAUGCAAGAGAAGCUGGCACGACUGCAUUUCAGUCUGGACAGCCAUGUGGAGGAGCUGUCAGAAGACCAGAAGAAGUGUGCCUCUGACCACAACCUGGAGCACCUGCUCUGCAAUCUGGAGGAACUUAGCACCUCAAUACAAAAGCUUCACUUGGCCGAGAAUCAGGACCUGCCGAAGACAUCUGGUCCUUGACGUGGGAGGUGUGGACACUGGCAGCCACUCAUCUUCUCACAACAUCCAGCGAGUCCAGGUUGCCAUGACAUAUAUCCA